AUGCCCGAGCAGAGUAAUGACUACAGUGUGGUGGUGUUUGGGGCGGGGGGAGUGGGGAAGAGUUCUCUGGUCCUUCGCUUCGUCAAAGGAACCUUCAGAGACACGUACAUCCCCACGGUGGAGGACACGUACAGACAGGUGAUCAGUUGUGAUAAGAGCGUGUGCACUCUUCAAAUCACCGACACGACGGGGAGUCAUCAGUUUCCGGCGAUGCAGCGUUUGUCCAUCUCCAAAGGUCACGCCUUCGUCCUGGUUUAUUCCAUCACCAGUCGCCAGAGUCUGGAGGAGCUCAAACCCAUUUACCAGCAGAUUGUGUCGAUCAAAGGCAGCGUGGAGUCCAUCCCGAUCAUGCUCGUCGGGAACAAGAGCGACGAGAUUUCCCAGCGGGAGGUGGAGCAGGUCCAGGGCGAGGCUCAGGCCAAACAGUGGAAAUGCGCCUUCAUGGAAACGUCGGCCAAAACCAACCACAACGUCACCGAACUGUUCCAGGAGCUGCUGUCGCUGGAGAAGAAGCGCGACAUGUCCCUGAGCAUCGACGGCAAACGCGGCGGGAAGCAGACGCGCGCCGACAAACUCAAGGGGAAGUGCAGCGUCAUGUGAGGAGCCAGGAAAACACGGAAAGACGGACCGGAUUCACACACGCGCAUACGUACACACACAAAACAAAACACGGACAACACGGAACGGACUUUAACCAAAACAAAACACAAAAACGCGACACGGAGCGAAGACGGAGAAAACGAACGCGCUCCGAUAAAACUCAAGGUGCAGGAGGAGGGAAGGAAAACGCGAAACGGAUCACGAACCCGGCGCGGAUUGGGACCGGAGCUCGAACUACACGAAGGAGCAAAUCCGUUCCCACCGCCCAGUUUACUCACACUUCAUGAAUCACGUGACAAAAUAUUUAUUUAUUUAUUUAUUUAACACUUUUAACUCUGAAUUCUUUCUGUUCUGACUGUAAUGACUCACACUAAAUUUAGUUUAAAAAGGAAAAAAAUAAACAGCAAAAACUGGAGGGUUAAAAUGUCAGGGUAAAAUAUUGUUAUUGUUGUUGUUUUUUUUAACUCAGAAAGUUUUAUUUUAACUCUUUGAAAGUUAAACGGGGGUUGGAGUUGAGGUUAUUUGUCAGAGUUGAUGCGGCUGAAGUGAAUUCAACUUCCUCUAGUGUUAAUUCAACUUCUCUUUAUAAGGAUGUAACAAUAAUCGAAAUCUGGUGAUAUCGUAUCGUCAAAGUCUCACAAUAACAUCGUGGAUCAUCACAAAAUAUCGAAUCACACAAGUCUCUUUGUUUAAAUGAAGAGUUUUGGUGCAGCGACAGUUAAAAAGACAAAGAACAAAGAACUACAUAAACCAGUGAGUCUGGUCAAGUGUUAACGGAGGAAACAGGGUCAGAUUUUUGACAUUCAAAUGUCUCUUAUUCAGAAACUAGAGGAACUAUUGAAAUAAGUAAAGUAUCAGAAUGUAGGAAAGAGUUACACUCC